AUCAAGUGAGUCACCCACUAUCCCAGUCACUAUCAUUCAUUUCCAGUGUAAACGAUGUUGUGUCUGAGAACGCAGCUUUCAUUUUCACUUCGCAUACCUUCUUCCUCGUCAUCUUCAAAACACCUCACACCACAUCUUCUCUCAUUUCCAUCAAGAUCUUCUUCUUCAAUCAAAACCAUGUCAACAACUCAUUCCAAAUCCCAAACCAUAGAACACAUCGUUCUCUUCAAAGUCAAACAAGACACCGAACCCUCCAAAAUUACCUCCAUGAUUAACAAUCUCAGCUCUCUCGUAUCCCUCGAUCAAGUCCUCCAUCUUACCGUAGGCCCUCUCCUACGCAAUCGUUCCACUUCAUUAACCUUCACUCACAUGCUUCACACUCGUUACAGCUCCAAACAAGAUCUCGAAGCUUAUUCCGCUCACCCUAGCCACGUCAGCGUCGUUAAGGGAAACGUGCUUCCUAUCAUUGAUGAUAUCAUGGCCGUUGAUUGGAUCGCUGAGGAUCUUAACGGUGAGGAUUUGGUUCCGAAGGAGGGUUCUGCGAUGAGAGUUAUGUUCUUGAAAUUGAAGGAGAAUGUUGUUAAUGAUAAGGUUUUACAGGUUAUUAAAGAAAUUCCAGAAAAUUUUCAACAGAUUAAGCAAAUUUCCUAUGGUGAGAAUUUCUCUCCGGCGAGAGCUAAGGGAUAUUCGAUUGCUUCGUUAGCGGUUUUUCCAGGAGAGAAGGAGAUGGAGGAACAUGAUUCCAAUCAUGAGUUGAUGAAAUUUCAGAAGGAUAAGGUUAGGGAUCAGAUUGAGAGUGUUGUUGUCGUUGAUUAUGUGGUGCCGCCGCCACCACCUCCUCAAUCGGCAAGUCUUUGAUGAAGGUUAUUUCUGUUUGAUCAUUGCUUUUGAAUUUUUCACUUCUGUGUUUCAUUGUGUAGACCUGUUGUGUUGUACUCUCAAUUUUGCAGUUUUUUUUACAUCUUGGAAAGCUUAUGAAAAUAAAUUUGAACUAGAAAUAGCUUAUGAACUUGUUGUAAUUUGUUUUCAAAGGUUCUUUUAUGUCAAUCAAUCAAAACAUGAUAAUAAAACUUCAAUAAGCUUAUGAA